UAUUGUCAUUUGGAAAUUCUAUUAUAAAUACUAAACCAAAAUUCUCAAAAUGCCGAAAACAGUUUUUGUUAAGAUUUUAAAUAAAGAAAAGAUGUUCAAUAUCUAUUACCUUUAAGUUAAUAACCAAACUUCAUCAUGCUAUUUUCAGCAUCUAAAUGCAUCACUGAGCUUCAUUCAGGAUUAGAACUUAAAAUUUACCCAGCUGCACAGUUACCAAAGGCAAAACAAGUUAAAAGCCGUCGAUGUGCGGAAAAGUGAGGAAAACUGAACUGGCUUUACUGCCGACUGCGGCAGAGGAAACGUUAUUUCCAGGAAAUGCACUUAGCUCUUUCACUCCGUUUCAUUUUUUCUUUCCCUCUCGGGUUAAGCGAAAAUUUGUAGGACCCAAUAUCGCUAGGAACUUUCUUUUGAUCAAGUGAGAAAUUGGUGUGCGAAAAACGGCAGUUGGAAAAGCUCACUCACUCGGAAAAACAUUAGCGGCGGGAUGUGAGAACGAAAGCGAAACAAUCCCAAUCCGAAGAUGCCAAAGUACAGAUGCCAGAAAAGCCCAUGGAGCUAAUUAAGCCGCCUCGCAUGAGUGGCGUUGGUGGUUUUCAGGGGUCGGAGGUUGCGGGUGGCGCUGAAUCAAGGGAAAGCACUAACUGCAACAUCAACACCGGCAAUAGCAAUAGCAACAGCAACAGCAACAUUAACAACAAGCGCAACAAGAGCAACAUCAGCGGCAGCAACAACAACAACAAAGAUGAGAAAUCGCUGGCUUCCUGGCUUCAUGAAGAAAUAAGUCUAGAGUACCAGUUGAGGAAAAACUUGUUCAUCUUCAGCUCUAACGAGCUAACGGAGCGACGCGGACCAACUCAACUGAUGGGCGGACUGGCGGCCUAACGGACGGACAACUGUGAGCGAUUCCACACAAAACGAGCGGAUAGGCAAACAACCAGCAACAAGAGCAGCAACAAGAGCAGCAGCGGUACAAGUAGCAAAUGGCAAGUGCAAGUGUAACAGCAGCAGACUCCUGCACAUUUCUGGAGAUGGUCUCGUGAUCACGAGAUCUACACAAGCUCUGAGCUGAAAUCAUAUUAAUAAAGUAUUGUUAGC